AUGAUGAAUAUAUCAAGCUGGCUACUAGAUGGAGCUAAAGAAGUGGGUAGAUCAGCAAUAAGUCAAAUGUAUGAUUUAGGCUCAAGUCUAACAUCGUCUAUAGCCGGCUCAGCAGGGAAAGUAAUAUACUCGAUCAAAGACAUGAUUUGGGAUCGUGGCCUUUGUUACAUGUGCAAAAGUAGCCAAAUAAUUGAUAUACCUUGCAAACAUUGUCUUUGUCGAUUUUGCCUAGUAAGAUACAUCUCAAUCAUGACAGAAAAUCAAGAUUGCGAUUUUGUCCCUUGCUUUAUAUGCAAAUUUCCGAUUUCAGUAAAUAUUGAUGAAAUAAAUGCAAAUGAAGAAUGUAAAGAUCCUGAGGAGGAUAAGUCUUAUAAUAUAGACUCAUCAGAAAAUAGCAAUUGCAUAGAUGCGAAAUCAGAAGAAGUUCGAUGUCAAAAUCGUUCAUCUUCAAUCUCAAGACCACCUCCAAUGUUUCUCUGUGAAAUUGAUGGAGAGCAGCAUAGUAUGGAUGAUGCUUUCACCUUAGAAUGUGACCACAGAUUCUGCAGGUCUUGCAUUGAGCAAUAUAUAACUAUUAAAAUCGAUUCUAAUGAGCUCAGGGAAGAUCAAUUAGCAUGCCCAUUGUGCAAUAACCCAAUCACUGUAAACGAAGUAUUUGGAGCAGUCCCAUACAAUAAAUACAUGCUUUAUAUAAAUAUCAAAGAUCGAACAGCCAUUGUUGAUGGCCAUCCUGUGAAGCAAUGCCCAUAUUGCGAGAUAUUGAUAUCUAUCCCAGCAAAUUUAAAAAAAAUUGUUUGCCCGAAUCCACAUUGCAAAAAAACAUAUUGCCCUCAAUGCAACAAGAAUUAUCAUCCUGGUAAAAGCUGCCAAGAAAUGAAUAAAGUCGAAGAGGAAAUUCCAGGCAUCGCGAAAUGCCCAAAGUGUGGGGAAGGGUAUUUCAAAGACGAUGGCUGCAAUUUUAUGACUUGCAGACGAACGUGCCAAAACUUUACUUGCUUCUGCUUUUUAUGUGGAAAGAAGCUAAGUAGAAGUCAGCAUUAUUCCCACUUUCAGAAAGGGGGACCCUUUGGGCAGUCGUGCAAUACUCUUGAUGGUAUAAAAGAAUAG